GAUUUAUUUGGCUAUUUUGAUGCAAUAUUUCGUCAACGAACCCGGAAGCGAACGUCAUACGCAAGCGCAAACGCGCAUGUUGUUAUUUCCCUAAAGAUGGUGUACGUGUCGAACGGUCAAGUUUUGGACAGUAGGAGCCAAUCACCAUGGCGACUGUCUUUACUCAUAGACCUGUUCUGGGGAGUUGUGGCGUUUUUUAGCCUAUUCUUUAAAACAAUAAUUGACCCCGACCUGUCAAAAGAUGGACAAAGUGGUUCGUCGCGGUUUUCUGAUGGUAGAGGUCCUCCAGGUCCUCCUGGUGGUAGAAGGCGGAUGGGGAGAAUAAACUUUGGUGGCGGGCCUAGUCCUCCUCCAAUGGGGGGAGGAGGAUGAGGAAGGUGA